AUGUGUCUUCCUCCAGAGAAAGCUUCAGAGUUGAAGCAGAUGAUACACAGCCAUCUGCUCAAGAUGGAUAUCCAUGGGAAGAUCCGAGAAGUGCUGGCUGAGACGAUCCGGGAUGAUGAAGGCUCAAAGCAUCGGUCUCUGUCUGAGGCAGACUUCCUACAUGCUCUGCAACGCAGGGGCAUCGUAGAUGAUGUGAUGAAAGACCUUCACUUCUCCAAGGUUCCCCUGCACUUUGCACACAUUUCAGACGAAACAGCCACAGGUGUGGGAUCAGAACCUCCUAAGCCUGCCACUUAUUUUGCAGACAAAGAUAUUACUCAGUUAAAGAAAAGCAAUACUGAUCCAUCAAGGCGGAGCUUGCAUCUCCAAGUGCUUGGAGGUAAGGCUUUUCUUGAGCACCUGCAGGAGCCUGAGCCUUUACCUGGUCAGGUAUGCUCUACCUUUACACUUUACCUGCACUUCCGCAACCAGAGGUUUUGCUCCAAACCAGUACCUUGUGCCUGUGAACCUGAUCUGAAGGAGGGCUUCCUCCUAGACAUCUACAAAGACGGUCUCGGUGAUGGUAGUAAGAUGGUAGAUGCUACAACCAUGCUAUCUAUGUGUGACCCAGUCCACUUUGUACUGAUCAAGACGGACACUUCCAGUGAGACAACGCUGGUCUCAUCCUAUUUCCUGGACUGGAGGACAGUCCUCAGCUCGCCUAGUGGCAAGACGUGCUUUGCUGUGGAGCUGAUGGGAGUUGGAAGCGAGUGCAAAGUCCCAGUUGGUAUUUUGACUGUCAGUCUGGAGCUCUACCCUCCUCUGCGUGAACCUUUGAGCUCUGACAUCAUCAGCACACAGAAAUCACUGGAGAGGCAGCGCACGGCAGAGAAGGAGAGGCUUUUCCUAGUUUAUGCCAAACAGUGGUGGAGAGAGUUCCUGGAGAUCCGACCAUCUCACCAGUCCAAGAUGGUCAAGAUCUUUGCCCAGGAUGAGAAUGGCGUCAACAGACCGGUGUGUUCAUACGUGCGUGUCCUUCGCGCUGGCCGCCUCCUGGAGAGCCCUCGACAGGCUGCCCGCUUCGUCAGCCUGCUGGCCCAUGAGAGGGUUCCAGUGGUGGGAGGGGGGGCUAAACAGGAGGCGUGGUGCACUUUAAUGGCUUUUCUGUGUAGAGGCAAGGGAGACUGUGAGGACCAUGCUACUCUUCUGUGCAGCCUCCUGCUGGGCUUUGGUCUGGAUGCCUAUGUGUGUGUGGGCACCAAAGCCAAGGGUGUGCCACAUGCCUGGGUCCUGACCAGGGGCACUGAUGGGAGCAUCACGUUUUGGGAGAGUCUGACGGCACAUAGAUAUCUGCACCAGGCCAUUGAUCCAGAUGCCCCUCCUCUCACCACUCAGCCCAAACCCUCGUCUCCUUACCGCACCGUGGGCUGCGUCUUCAACCAUCAGAGCUUCCUGGCAAACUGCCAGCCCUCGGAUGCUGUGGAGCUCUGUGUUUUUGACUUCCAGAAUUCGUCACGCUGGAAAGCGAUGAGCGAAGAUGCCCUGAAGUCCGUGUGUGCCCCGGGCUCCACCACGUCAUUGCCCCCUGUGGCUCCUCUCUGUGCCCCGUCUCUGGAUCCUGCUGCAGCCAGCAACCAGCUGGAGCUGGAGAUGCGCUACUUGGUUGCAGAACACAGGAAGGAUCUGGAUCUGGCAACAGUGUGGGACGACCACCUCUCCUACCUGCUGUCCUCAGCCCUGUCAGCUUAUGAAACGGAGCGUUGCACUGGAGUCUCCUGCGGCAACGAGGAGUUCCAGGAUGCAGUGAGGAGGGCCGUUCCAGACGGACACACCUUCAAAGGCUUUCCUAUACACUUCCUGCACCGCAACGCCCGAAGAGCUUUUGCCACCUGCCUCAGGUCUGCAUUUUGUGAGGAAGUGGUGUGUUGCCGUGGCGACCACGUGAGGCUUGCUGUGCGUGUUCGGGUGUUUGUAUAUCCUGAGAACGCAUGUGCAGUGUGGCUCAUGUUUGCAUGUAAAUACUGGUCUAUACUCUGA